AUGGCGAAAAAGGAGACAAGGGAUACAAAGGCCACCAUCACCACGAGAAAGGCGAAAAGGGGCAUCACGACAAAGAGGGACACAAAAACAUUACGAAGAACAAGGCGGACACAAAAACAACAUCACCACGACGACGGAUACCACCACGAACACCACAAAGGCGAAAAAGGCGAGAAAGGUCACAAAUACGGCGAAAAAGGCAGCUACAAGAAGGGACACAGUACAAAAGGAGGUCACGACGUGCACAAGCUCGACGAAUACAAAAAAGAAAAACACUUCUACGACGAGGACCACGACAGCGGACACCACGAAAAGCGCGGCGGAUUCCACCACGAGAGCGGAUACAAGAAAGGCGGACACAAGAAGGGCGGACACCACCACGGCGGUCACCAUGAGUCCCACCAUGGCAAGAAGGGACACCACGAGAAAGGGGGACACCACCAUCACGAGAAAGGACACAAGAAAGCUGGCGGACAUGAAAGCCAUCAUCACCAUGAUGCGAAACAUGGCAAGAAAGGUGGACACGAAGGACACAAAAGUGGGGGUUCAAAAAAGGACAUUAAGGACAGAAGCAAAUACAUUUGGUGCCUAAGGAUGCCCAAGAAGGUUUGA